AUGGCGGCGGCGGCGGCCCGCCCGCUGCUGGCUCGCCCGUGGGUCUGCUUCUCCAUCCCCCAAGCCUGGCCGCGCAUCCCCUCCUGGCUGAGCGAGAAGCAGCGGCUCUACUGCCAGACGCUCUUCGGCAAGGGCGUCCAGGGCUACCCAGUCCUCAUGACCGAGACGCUGCGCGAGAUGAGGAACUCGACCCCGCAAGUGGCCUUCGCAGGACGGUCCAACGUCGGUAAGUCCACUCUGCUGAAUAGUUUGAUCCAUCGCAGGCCAGACCCAUUGCAGGGCCAAUUUCUCGGCGAGAGGCGAAAGCUGAAGUCUCCCAAGGCAGCCCCAGUGUCCGACAAGCCUGGCCGCACCCGACACCUUUUCCGGUUCGAGCUGGGGGGCGAGGUCACUUUCGUGGACCUCCCAGGGUACGGCUACGCGCAGGUGUCCAAAAAGGUGAAGGAGGGCUGGGCCUCGCUGAUCAAUGACUCAAGAGUACAUCACGGAGGCGAGGCUACUUAA